GAUGUGAUAGGAGUAUUGCUCAGGCUUACCUUCCUCAAUUAACGAACGGCCUUCAUCUCCCACCUUCCUUCCACUUGGAGGCUUCGGGGACACUUUCUGCCGCAUCGCAAGUAAAGUUUCGCAUCCAAUACAUGGUCUUCAACGCUCAUGGUCUGGCGCUGAUGAGGCCAUUUCUUACCAUAGCGGGUUGGGUUGAUGAGCAUGGUCCUCUGAUUACUUUUCGGUCGGGACUCAGAAACUUAGUGGUUAUUGGCCGUUACAAAGCCGCUAUGGAUAUUAUGGACAAUCAGGGCGCAGCGCUAGCUGACCGUCCUCGCAUCUAUAUUUCUACAUACAUGACAAUUCUUCCAGGCUCGCUUCAAUUGGUACAGAUCGGUAUCCAUAGGCACGGUCCUGAUUCUUUGGGCCUUCCGGCUCACCCUCGGUUCUACACAACCGUUGGAUGAUACGGAGUUCAUGAAUUCGGAGAAAACAUACCGGCCUUGCUCUAUCAAAUUCGAGUUGAGGAUUCCCGAAGCAGAGCUCAGGCGCAAGAUGAAGCUAA